AUGGAAAAAGAACAAAGAAUAUAUUCUAGUUCUAAGUAUAUAAGAGAAAAUAAGAAGAUCGAAGACAUAAAUCAUUCUAUUAAUAAUUCAAUUAAUAAAGAUAGGAAAAUACAUAUAAAUGAUGACCACAACAAUAUUUUUGAAGAAAAUAUAAAAAUUGUUUAUGAUAAUAACAUUAGCGGUAAUAUAAAUAAUCAUAAACAAAAAAAAAAAGAAAAAAAUAUAAGAUUAUUCAGGAUACAAAAUUAUAUUUACAAAAUAUUUACAUCACUCUUAUGUUUAUUUAUAGUAAUAUUAAUUCUUUAUGCAUCUAUUGACAUUUCUAUUAAUUACGGAGCAGUAAUUAUUUUUUACAUUUUAAUUCUUGAAUUAGGUAGUAUGUUAAUUUCUUACAUUUUACUACAGUUUCCUUUUUUUUAUCGUUAUUUAAAGAAUACUUUUAUGAGAGCUAGAAAUGUAAAUAAAUAUUCUCAUCAGUAUAGACCACUUUACUAUGAUAAUUUAUCAAAUAGUGAUAAAGAUACUACUAACUCAGUAGAAAAAGAAAAUAGAUUGAAUUCAUAUUCUUCUGUAAACGUAAAUAAAUGUAUGAAUAAAAAUUAUCUUUUAAAAAAAAAUAGUUUUAAAACUUUCUUUUCUACAUACAAAGCUAAGAAAAAGGAAAAAAAGAGAAAAGAUGAUUAUGAGGAUAAAAAAAAAAUAAAUAAAAAUAUUAAAUUAAAUAUGCACAAUACAAGUAAAGUAAAUGCAUCAAAUGAAACUGAAAAAGAAAAAGGUAAUAUCUACAGAAAUGAUUACAUAAAUAACUAUAAGAGAGAGAGUAUUUAUCUAGAUGAUUGUAAUGUUUGGUUAAAAAAAAAUAUAAGGAAAUCUAAUAAAACAAGUUUUAAAUUAAGCAAGUCUCUUAGUUUCACUAUGGACCUGAAUAAAAAUAAAAAUAUAAUAAAAGAUUCUGCGAGUUUAGACAAUAUAAAAAUAUUCUUAGGCCAACCUUCUAAUAAAUUUAUAAGAAAUAAAAAUCAAUUGGCAACUAAGAAAUCAACAAUAUAUAAUAAAUAUUUACCAUUAACAUUUGCUUCUGUACAUAAAGACAAUAUAUUUACUGAAAUUUUAAAAGCUCAUCCAAAUGAAUUUGCUCGUUCACUUGAUUAUUCAUCCUCUAAUGAAGAAUUUGAUAAUAAAUUAUAUAAAAAUAUAUACUUUAAUAACACUUUUGAAAAAGAAAAAUAUGAACAAGAAAUGAAAACAAAUGGAAAAAAAUAUCACAAGAAUUAUAUUGUUAACAAUCCCUAUGCAACUAAAAAUGCUAUUUUAUUUCAUAAAAAAAAAAAAAAAAAAAAAAAUUUAAAUAAAAUAAAAUUCUUCAAUAAAAUAAAAAAUAUGGUACAGUUUUUUAUUUAUUAUAGUAUGAAAUCUUCCAAAUCAUCUAAUAAUAUAUUCUUAUUUUUUAGGGGCUUAUAUAUUUAUACAAGGCAUAGAUUUAUACAUUAUGUAUCUUAUGAACCAAUAUGGAUAGUUGCAAUAUUAAUAAGAAUUGUUUUAUGGUGUAUUAUAUGGAUAUGGGCAGCUAGCUAUAUGGAAAGAAAACCAAAAAAUUUUAAAAUAACUGAAUGGAAUAUGAAAAAUGUGCCAUCUAUAUAUGGAUAUAUUGAAUGUACAUUUCAAUGGUGUGGUGUUUUUGAUUAUUUCGUUGGAUUAUAUUUUUCUAAUAAUAAAUUAAAAUAUAUUUUUUCUUUUUUUUCACUCAUUGACUUUAUAACAACUCCUGUCUCCUCUUUUAUUAUGAAUUUUUUUUUUCCGAGUUAUGAUAAUAAAAACUAUUGGUUUUUAAUAUUAGGGCCUUUGAGGUUCUUAAGAUUGGUAAGAGCAGAGAGUACUAUAAGUUCUUGCUUUUUUUGGUUAAAUGACGUUAAGAUAAUUAUUAUUGGAAUAAUUAUUUUAGCUCUAGCUAUUUUAUUUACUUUUUCAGGAAUAAUGUAUAUAUUAGAAGCACCUGAUAUAGAAAGGGAUUUUGUAAAACCAUUAGACUUUGUAUAUUUUGGAGUCAUUACUAUGUCUACUGUUGGAUAUGGGGAUUAUACACCUGUAACAAAAGCAGGAAAAUUCUUAACGAUGUUCAUAAUUAUUACUUGUAUAAGUUUUGUAGCUGCCCAAUUUAAAAGAUUAAAAGAAGCCAUGUUCAGCCCCAAAACUGUUAUGGGGAUAGUACCAAAACAAGACGAUGAUUAUAUUUUAAUAUUAGGUCCCGUUAGCCCCAUUCAGUUGUUAUAUAUAUGUAAAGGUAUAAAUAAUAGCUUUCCCAAUUCGGUUGAAUCCAUUUUUGUUUUUACUGCUCUUCCAGUUAUUAUUUAUAGAUACGUAUAUGGUAGUAUUGUUAAAAAUACAAACAUAAAAUUAUGCAUAAGUGGGGGUAAUGAAUGUUUUAUAUGUCCUAGUAUUAUAUAUGAUGCUGUUAUUAAUGCAAGAGCUCUCUAUAUAUUAAAUAAUGUUGAUUGCGAAAAAUACACAUUACUAUACCAACAAGUUUUUUUAUCUAGCAACAACUUAAAUUUCAGUAUUCAUGAACAAAGCCAAAUAAUUAAUUCUAACGAUAUUUUACAUAAUAAAAUUAUAAAUAAAUUCAAAGAUGAAAAAACAAAGAAAUGGAAUUUUAAUGAUAUAUAUUCAGAAUAUAAAAAUGAAAUAAAUAAGAAUAAUAUGCUCAAUUUAGAAAUGAAUAUCAAUAUUAAUAAUUCCUAUUUUAUUACGGAGAAAGAUGAUCAACAAUGUCUUCUAAGGUUUAUAGGCACUUAUAAUAUAUGUAACUCUCUGAUACCAAUUACUCUUCAAUUAUCUAACAAUACAUACAAAGAUUUAAUUAAAUCUAUGAAUGUUUAUAAUUAUCUUAGCAUUGAAGAAUUAAAAUAUGCACUAAUAGCUAAAAGUGUUAAUUGUAAAGGCCUUUUUUUUCUUAUCAUUAAUUUUUUUUAUAAACCUAAAGCAGUUAACAGUUUAAAAAAAUAUAUCAUUGAUUUAAAACUUUUAAUGUAUAGCGGUAUUCUAAAGAAAAUAAAUAAAGAAAAAUUCAGUAGCAAUGAUAUAAAAAUAACAAAAAAUAUAUGUAAACUAUCAAGUUCUGAAAAUAAAUUUAGUAAUUUUUUUUCUAUUUUUAAAAAAGUCAAGAAAAAACAAAAAAAAGUCAGUUCUUCAAAAAAUAAUAGCAAUACAAAUAAUACUCAUAGUAAUAAUGAUAAUAUUGAUAUUAAUAAUGGGAAUAAUAACAGCAAAAAAAUAAACCAUAAUAAUAGUUAUAGUCAUAAUAACAGUAAUAAUAGUAAUAAUGGUAAUGAUUAUUAUAAUAGAAUGAGCAGUUAUCCUAAUAAAAUUAUAGAUAAAAAUUACACAAAUAAAAUAUCUCAUUCUUCCGAGAAAAAUAAUUAUACAAAUAAUUCAACAAAGAAUACAUGUAACAACGUAGUCAACAUUAAUGAUUCAUAUUAUCCUUUUUUAAAAAAUAAUGAUAAUAAUAAUGAAAACGAAAAUAUGUUUCAGUUAAAUUCAAUGGAUGGAUAUAAUAGUUACCAUUAUGUGAAUUAUAAAAAUUAUUAUCAUAUGUUAGAGAAAGUUAGUUUAAAUAUGUAUUAUUACUUAGAAGGAUUAAAAUAUAAUAUAUAUAGAUUUCAAUUUCCAGAAUGUAUGAGAGGGUUUCUAUUUCAAACUGCCUCAGAAUAUUUAUAUCAAAAGCAUAAUGCAUUUCUUAUUGGUAUUAUAACUAUUAAUAAAGAAAUUUUUUUAAACCCUAUAAAUUAUAUUAUAGGAGAAGAAAAUAAAUAUUAUUAUACAUCAGAUUUUUCGGGUAUUAUUCUAACAACCAGUUUAGAUAACCUGAUAAAAUUAUCAUCUAUAAAAAGUAUUUCUAAAAAUGUUUAUGAUUAUAAUAAUAUGAGAAUUCAAGAAAAGUUUAAUUCCAUUUUUAAGAAUGUUAAUAAUAAUAAUAAUAAAUUCUUAAAUAAAAAUCAAAUAAAUAAUAAUGCAGAAGUAAAAAUUGUUUUAACAGAUAAUGAAAGUUCAUUAAAUUCUUCUGAUAAUUUAUCUUUAUAUAAUGACAAUUUUGUUAAUAAUAAAAAUUUAAAUAAAUCAAAUAGAACUGAUAACGCUAGUGAUGAAAAUAUAAAAAAAAAAAGAAACUUACAGUAUAAUUUUGUUUUAGGUAUUUAUGAAUUAGAUAACUAUAUUUCUGCAUAUCAAAAUAUUUUUAAAGAUAAAUAUAAACCCUUACUGCUAGUGUGUGGUUGGCCUGAUAAUAUUCACUUACUCUUCAAGCAUUUAAAAAUUAAUUUAUAUAAUUCAAUUAAAUCUCCAAAAAAAAAAAGGAAUAAAAAUUAUGAUGACAUAAAGUAUAAUAUUAUCAUACUAUCUCUGCACGUUCCUAAAUUUAAUUACGUUAAUGAUCUUUUUGAUUUUUCAAAUAACGUGGUGUUUAUUAGGGGAUCGGCAUUAAAUAGCACUAAUUUAAUACAAGCUGGUGUUUUUUAUGCUAAAAGAAUAAUUAUACUGAAUGCUAAUCAUAGCUUAUUUAUUGAUAAGGACGCUUACAGGUUAGAUAAUGAAGUAAUUAUUAUUAAAAAUAUUAUUUAUCAGUUAUAUCACCAUAUAUCAAAAAAUAUGAAUAAUUACACUGAUUUGAUAAAAAAGGUAUUCAAAAAGGAAUUUAGAGACAACAGAAUUAAUAAAAAAAAAUUUUUAAAAAAAAAGUAUCAUGAUGUAAAUGAAGUGGAUUCUUCUUAUAUGAAUGAAUUAAUAAAAGUAAAUACAUUGUCUUCCUCUAGUUAUGAUUCGUCAAAUAGCUCUUUAAAAAAAAAAAGAAAAAUAAAUUAUAAAAUUUUUAAUGUUAAUAAAAAUCCUUAUAUAAUAUGUUUAAUUAAAAAUUCAGAGAGUUUAGAAUAUAUAGAUGGAAGUAUAAACUUAUCUUACGAAAAUUAUAAUGAUAAUGAAAAAAUGAAUAAAAUUUGGGAAAACUGUGGUGAGUAUAUUUAUACAUUAGAAUUAGUCUCUGCAAAUAUAUUUGUUGAUGAAAUGCUACAUAAUUUAGUUUCAUUUUCACUUCCUAUAAGUAAAUACGCAAUAGAAUAUUCAGUAAUAUAUUCAUUGAUAGGUACUGAUGUAAAUGAAUAUUCUAAAAAUGUAAAAAAAUUUCAUGAGAAUUUAAAUCUUAGUACAGGAUCAGUUUCUUUAUUGCCAAUUCCAUCUUAUUUCUAUAAAAAGAGAUUUUAUAAAUGUUUUUCAUAUUUUUUACAUAAUAAACAAUGCUUAUGUAUUGGAAUUCUUCGAUACUUAAAUAUUUCACCUUCAUUUAAUAAAUCUAUGAAGAUAUUUAUUUUAUCAUGUCCUUCACGAACUAUGAAAAUUGAACGUUAUGACCAGGCUUACGUAAUUGCAUAUAAAAAGAAAUAA